AUGAGGCCGCCUGCCAGCGUGUUCUUGACAAGUUGCCUGGUCCUGCCGGCUUUGCUGAGGGCCACUGCUUCUUUCACGCCGCCUUUCGGAACUGACGGAUACACAGGCAGCGUGACGGCGCUGAAUGGAGCCUACGCCUUCUACUGGCGAGUGGAUGGUACUGCGAGGGUCCUUCAGUGUGCAGUUGCGGCGCAAACCCAAGGCUGGGUUGCUGUGGGCUUCAACGCGUUCCCUGAGAUGAACGGGGCAGACAUUGUGCUCAUGAGUGCUGACGAGACGGGUGCCCUUGUGGUGCAUGACCUCCAUGCCACUGGCUUCUCCGCCCCCGUGGCUGACGUGUCCAGUGAUAUCAAUGUGACAGGAAAGGGCCGCGGCAAUGGUAUCUCUUGGUUCAUGUUCGAUCGAGCCUUGACGACUUGCGACAAGACAGGGGACUUUCAGUUCGGCAAGGUGGAAGGGGAGUUAACGCUCUUAGCUGCGAUUGGUGACACGGGCAGCUGGUCCUACCACGGCACGGCCAACCGAGAGGCGAUUCGCCUCAAGCUGACGGAAGGUCAGGUAUCUCUUCCGGCGGACGUGAUCCAGGCCAACGUGAUUACGCCCACCGCGAUUGUGCCAACGCAGGCGGGCAGCUACGUUUGCUCAAUUCAUGAGCUACCUCAUGACCGAGAAUAUCAUCUCGUGCGCUUCAAGGUCCUGUCGGGCACCGCAGCUCUCGUCUCCGAUGGUGGGGGGAGCGUUUUGCACCACGUGGACAUGUUCAGUUGCUCUUCAGCCCCGGGGCCAACAGAUUCAGUUGUCAACUGCGCUGUGGCCAUGGGAUCCUGUGGCGACAUGCUGCUCAGCGGAGGCUACUCCGGGCAUGGCGAGGACUUGCCAGCGGACACAGGCUUCCCUGUUGGGCCCUCGAACCGGUACGUCAUGAUACAACGGCACUUCUACAAUGCCGCUGCCAAGGCAGGCAUUGUGGAUUCCGGAACUGGCUACCAAAUCUGGUACACGCCGACCCUUCGAGCGAACAGCAUGGGUCGGAUGAGCAUCCUGCAAGGGCACCUGGACAUCCCUGCGCGCGCGGAGGGCUUCACGAGCACCGGCUACUGCCCCCGGAAGUGCACCCAGGAGCUGUUUCCGUCAGGUGGCAUCACGGUCACCAGCGUGAACUUCCACAUGCACAAGAGCGGCCGCAAAGUCCAGCUCCAGGUGGUGCGUGACGGCAAAGAGAUGCCGGACAUUGCUCGGCUGGAGCCCUUCAGUGAUGCGGGAGCCAGCGUGAACGUCGACUACAAGCUCUUGCCCGGGGACACCGUCAAGUUGCACUGCACUUUUGACAACCCGACAGAUGAGGUCCUGAAGUGGGGCGAUGAGCGUUACGACGAGAUGUGUGUGGUGAACUUUCUCUACUACCCGAAGACAGACCUGGCCUCUUGCGCUGAUUUCGCGGGGGGCAACACAGAGAUGUGGUCUCCGAGCUCGGGGCUCCAGAGCAUGUGCAGCACCUACUGCCAGCAGGGUCAGAGCUGUGGACCUGGUGGCGUCUGUGAGCAGAUCAACUUCAACGACGCGGGCUGCAUGAAGUGUGCUUGUCCUUUGUGCGAUUGGCCGAAGCCGCGGGUGUAUUGCACCAAAACUGCUGGGGAUAGCAUCAACGUCUUUGAGGAUCCUCUGCUUUGCCCGAACUGUAUGCAGGACAAGACCGCGCCGGCAGAGCCCCACGUGACGGAUGACGGAUGUCCCCAGUACAACUUCUCCGAGAUUGGGAGCAACGGCCCUGACGGGAGUAGCACAACCGCGGCUGGUCCGGGAUCGGGCACUGAGCCUGAAGGCGGCGGACCUUCUGGGAGCAGCACGACCCAAGGUGCGGGCUUGACAGAUGAUGCGCCUGCUUCUGGCAGCUUCUUGGCUUGGCUGCUUCCUCUUUUUGCUGCGGGGAUCGAGGCCUCCUGA